AUGUCGAACCCUCUUUCCGCAUCCUCCCUGCUCAGCGUCAAGGACUGGGUUGUUGUCGUGUACGCUCAGGCCUUCGCCGCCAAUGGAGCUAAGGUUUACAUCACCGGCCGACGUCAAGAAGUCCUGGAAACGAGUGCCCGUGUCCACGGAUCUGCAGACAAGAUUGGCUCUUCGGGGGGUCAAAUCGUGCCCCUUGUCAUGGAUGUGACCAACAAGGACACCAUCAAGGCCGCUGUGGAUCAGAUCACCCAGACCGACGGCUAUGUCAACGUACUUGUCAACAAUGCCGGCGUGUGGACGACCAAGCCGGAGGCUGGCCCGGAGGACGGACCCGUGAAGUUUGGCACCUCCAUGCUCGAGCAGUCUAUCGACCUCUGGCAGCAAGCCUUCCUCGUCAACGCCACAUCCAUCUACUUCGUCACUGCGGCAUUCCUACCACUACUCGCCAAGUCCGUCACUAGCCACACUGGCAAGCUGGGUAGCGUGAUCAACACCACCUCCAACAGCGGUCAUCUGCGGAUGUCUGAGGGCUCGCAGUUGGCCUACAAUGUUAGCAAGGCUGCGGCGGUACACAUGACCCGUCAACUGGCUUUCGAUUUCAGCCACGAGAACAUCAAGAUUCGUGUCAACGCCAUUGCGCCCGGCUGGUACCCCACGGAGAUGACCACUGGUGGUUCGGACGAGAACAACGUGAGCCAGGCCCAGGACGAUGCGGCCUUCCAACAAGAGAUGGUCGGCAUGGGUGCCCGUGUCCCGCCUGGCCGUAUGGGCAACCCGCAGGAUCUUGGAAGCGCCGUCCUGACUCUCGCUACAAACGAGUACAUCUGGGGUUCGCAUCUUGUUGUCGAUGGUGGUAUCACGCAGAGCGUGGCUGGAACCAUUUAA